UAACUAAGUUGGUGCCAUAAAAAGUUAAAUCUUCUUCAAAAAGACUUUAUCCUCCCAUUUUUACAGAGUAAUAGUUUAAUAAAAACAAAUUUAACAACCAUUUUGAUUCCGGGCAUUGCUUCAAAGCUAUUUACCUAUCGACGAUAAAGUUUCUCUGCACGAGAAGUCUUCCAGUUCCACGGCCCAGAUGACCAAGGUUUUAGGCAAAUUCUUACUCCUAAGUCCCACACGUAGACUUGAUUGUUGCCUACCAGUGCCUACAUUAGCAGGGCGUUCAAAUACAAAUCUGAACUCACGAUCACGACUUUUUUCAUCGGGAGCAACCAUGGCCGAUUUCCCUCUUAAGUCUUACUCUGCAGCGCCAUGGAUGGAGAAAUUGAAGCAUAUUCCAAGGCAUAGACUCGAGCUUGCCAUGCUGAACACCCCCAUACACAGAUGGAAUCUUCCUGGAACACCAGCAAACUUUGACGUUUUCAUUAAGAGAGAUGACAUGACAGGGAGCUCAUUGUCAGGAAAUAAGAUUCGUAAGCUUGAAUUCUUGUUAGCAGAUGCAGUAAGCCAGGGUUGUGAUACAGUGAUAACGUGUGGUGGAGUAAGAUCCAACCACUGUAGAACCACAGCCGUAGCAACCAGACAACUUGGUAUGGACUGUCAUCUCCUUCUCAGAUCAGAGGCAACAAACCUAGAUGGAUCAUUCACAGGCAACACAUUGCUAGACAGUAUGGUUGGAUGUAGUUUCUAUCUCAUACCCAAGAAAUCUCAGUACAACACACACAUCUAUCCCAGAAUGCAACAGCUUGUAGAGUAUCUAAGAGAUUCUCUAGGAAAGAAAGCCUACCCAAUCCCAAUAGGUGGAUCUAACUCAGUAGGAGUCUUUGGAUACCUGGAAUGCUUCAGAGAACUCCUCCAGCAGAAUGUUCAGGAGAGGUUCAGCGAUAUUGUCAUAACAUCAGGCAGUAGUGGAUCACUAGCUGGUCUUGCAAUUGGCAACUAUCUGACAGGAAGCAAACUCAGGAUUCAUGGAAUGGCAAUAUGUGAUGACGCAAAAUAUUUUCAUGGAGAAAUCAACAAGGUUUUACGUGAACUUGGCAUGCAGGAAGGUCAAGGGUCAUCAGGGGUCAGGUCAGAGGACAUUGUAGAUGUCGUGGAAGGGGUCAGAGGGCUCGGGUAUGGUUUAUCUCAGCCUGAAGAACUUGAAUGCAUUAACCAAGUAGCCAGGACCACUGGUAUCUUUGUUGACCCAGUCUAUACUGGUAAGGCAACCUUUCACCUCAUGCGUCUGAUGAAGGAGGAACCAGACAGAUUCCAAGGAUCCAAGAUUCUCUUCAUUCAUACAGGAGGAGUGUUUGAUCUGUUCAGUGGUGCCAUGGGUUCUAUGGCUGAUAAAAGGACUUCAUCAGAGAAGAAGGUUUAUGAUUGGAUGGAAAUGACUGAAAAAACACCCCUCUGCCAAUCAGGAUGAAUCUUGUAUGAAAAAUUACUUCAUCAGAGAAGAAAGCUUUUGAUUGGAUGGAAAUUACUGACCAAAGACAACUAAGCCAAUGAGGAUAAAUCUUGUCUUAGGAUCCAAGGGGUUCUUCAGCAAAAACACUUUUGAUUGGUUCUAAUUAAAUCUAUCAAGAAUCAAGGUGAAAUAUAUUGUGGUAGUUAUGUUAUAGUUAUGAUAUCUUCCUUUUCAUAUUCACAAACAUGGUUCUUCAUUGGUCCAUGUGGAUGGCCAACUUAAAACAAAACCUUGUUGAAAACUUAUAAACCAGUAAAGCUUAAAGUGUGAGCCUCGCUGUCAUUCAUUAGAAAAAAAGUAUUUAAACGUAAGACAAUGAAAUUAAUAGCUUCUUAUAGGAAUUGUGUUCCUUUCUUCUUGGUAUAAACAUCAGCAAAAUGUAUUUUUGUAUUUUUUUCUUAGUAUUGUGUUUAUAGUACUGUAGUUUUUA